CCAAGACCACGCGUCCCUGUCCCCGUGAGGCCAUGUCCAAUCGGGCGUGGGGCUCCAAUUCAUCGCUGGCGUCGAAUCCGGCGUCCGCCUAUGUCCCCGGUGCCAUUGACUUCACCUCGCCACUGCCCUCACCGCCGAACCCAUCCUCCGCCCGGCGGUCCUUCGAGGCCGCGGCCCAUGCCACCUCGCCGCAAGCCGCGCCAAGCGAGCCCCCCCGCGCCUCCUUCUCCACCUCGCCGUCCGGGUGGGACCCGCGCGCUGGGCCGGCCCAUCCGACAGCCGCCGCGGCGGCCCAAUUUUCGGUCGGCAUUGCCCCGGUGUCCACCCUCUAUGAUGCAGAAAGUGAGGAUGCCAUCAUCGCGGCCAACAUGGCCCGUGCUCUGACUGCUGCGGCCGGCCAAGGCCGAGGCGCGCGUCCGGCGCACCAGCAGCCACCCUCCCGAGUCUCGGCGGCCUCCAGCGAGCAGAGUGCCCACCCGGCAACGGGUCCGGCCGCUGCCAUUCCCACACACCUGACCCAUGCCCGGAGUUGGAACCCCUCACCUCGAACAAGCUUCGGCCAGUCGGCCAGUGAGCCGCCUGGGCUGGUGGCCAUGGCCUCCCCGGCCGCCGGUGGAGGCUACGCCCCGCCAACGGCGGCGGCGGCCAUCGCCGCCGCGGCUGCCGUCGCCGCUGCCCAAGCGGCUGGCCAAGCCGACAACCGCCACCUGCACUAUCCCCUGCAAGACCACUACACCGGGCAACUGCUCAACUGGCCUCCCAACACCCGCGACAUGUCGGCCACCCAGGCCGCUCGAUCACUGCCCUGCGGGUUGGUAGAGGCAUCGCCCUCGGCCGCGCCUGGGCUCGAGGCCGAAGGAGUGUCGGGCCCCUCCGAUGCCACCGGCCUGGUUCCCUACCAGCUGGACAGUGGCAUCCUUCCCUCCGAGUCCCAACUCAAGCCGCUGAAUCUGAUGGACCCGGCCAUCCCACAACCGACGAACUUUGGCCCAGGCGCAACCGGCACUGUUGGCCGAUCGGUGGCCGGCGGCUCGGUGGCCAGUCCUUUGGCAGCCGGCCGGGGGACUUCCCGAAGCCAGCCACCCGCCGCCAUGGCAGCUCCGAUCACUCGGCCCGGCCCGGCUGGCCCAGCCCCAACGGCCAGUCCCGGACUGUCGGUCGGCCCCCAGCAGCAGGUAUCUUCACUGGAUUCGGCCUCCUCGGCCAGCCUGUCCCCCACGCAGCUGGGCUUCUAUUCGACCAUGUCCACCUCCGAGUUGGAUAACCUGUCCCAUGGGGCCAGUCCGCAUUUAAUCGGGGGCCCCGGUCGGCCGGAGGAGCUUUCCUCCACCGUGGGGGCCCCCCAUGCAGGCUCGGCCGUGACAUCCAUCCCGCCAGGGCGUGGGCGUGCGCGUGCCGCGCCGGCUUCCCGCACAGGGGCUCCCCACCAUGCUCAUCCCCAAAUCCACUCCGAACGAAUGACGAGCGAGCAAUUUACCCCCUCCCAUGUCACACCCUACCCCCUGGCACCGCAGCUCCGGCCUGGCAACGGCGCGGACGAUGAUCUCGCCGAUGGGCACUCGAGCAUCGACGCCGAGGAUGAUGAUGACGAUUCGCGACACCUGAUUGCCCGGCGCAUCGGCGGCCGGUCGGUCCCGGCAAGUGGCUCGGCCUCGCCGGUGGCCAUCCAGCCGACCGGGUUCGGGCCCAUGCGAGCAGGCGCCUUGGAUUCGGAUUCCCUGGACCCGGGGAUACUGGGAUCCAGCCCGGCCACCUCGACCGGCAGCCCUUGGCCUCGGCUUGCGGCCAUGAUCGGCGGGGCCUUCCGGCCGGGCGGCCAACUGCAGCACCCCUAUGCUCCGAGCCCGGCUGGCAACAUCCAUGGCUCCCUGUCGGAUGAGGCCUUCAUCCCGGACUUCGAGUUUGACUUCGUCCCCAGCCGGGCCAGUCGACGCGGGCCCGCACUGGCGGCCAUCGAGCUGCAGCCGCUCGGGACAUCGAGCUCAGCAUCAUCGGCCCGGCAGCCGCCGCCGCCGCCGCCGCCGCCGCCGCCGCUGGUGCCUCCGACCCCGACGGCCAGCGGCAGUCUGCCACCCACACCGCUAUCCGGCCGGUUCAGCAUCAGCGCCGACCCCUCACGGGCCGGCAGUCGGCGACCGCCAGCCGGCAGCCGUGUCGGCGGUGGGCGCUACGGCUCGCGCUCAUCCAUGGCCGAUGCCGAAGACGACCGGUCCUUCUUGGAGGGCAUGCAGUCGACCAUGGCCUCGUCGCCCAUGUCCUUCGCCGGGGCCACGGUCAAUGGGCAGCCCCUUCGUCGGGGGUCCAUCCGGUCCACCCGGGGAAGCCUCUACGCCUCCGCGCCGGGCUCCCAUCGCGCCUCCUCCUCCUCCUCCUCCUCCUCCUCAUCGGCAUCCUCCUCUUCCACCACGCUGCCCAUGCAUGGCCAGCCGGUUGACCCCUACAAGACCCACAUGUUUUGGACCCCGCGACAUCGGAUGCAGACGCGUCUCACCUGGCGCGAUACGCCCCUGGCUCCGGAUGAGGUGACCCCCCUGGUGCACUUGUACCGUGCCGAGAUUUCCCGACUGACGGCCUACCGGUCGCGGCUGGAUGCCACGACUGCCUGGGCAGUUAGCACGGCUGCCGCCCUGGUGGCCUGGGGGCUGACAAAUUCCAUUCGCCUGGCCUCCGACCCGACGCUUCCCACACGCGAUCCCUCUUCGGCGGUGGUUCUCGGCAGCGGCUCGGUCUUUGUUGUGGCCACUGUCAUGGUGUUGAUCUUCUGCGGCAUCGAGUCCCGCCGCUAUGGGUAUUACACGGUCAUCCGCCACCGAUGCCGGGUCCUGGAACGCGGCAUGUACGCGGCCAUUUUGGAUCCCACCGGGCGGCAGAUGGCCACCGGCUUCAGCGGCGGCGGGCCCCCACGCCAUGGGACCCCGGUGUCCGAUGACCAUGAUCUGGCUUCGGUCCACCUGCCCAAUGACCCUGGCCCGCCGGGCACGCCGCAAUUGCCGCCGGGCUCCCUGCCGCCCGGGCGCGUGAGCAUAGCGCCGAGCCUCGGCCGGCCGAGCAUUUAUGCCCCGGCUGGCGGCGAUCCGGAGGCAUUCCCGUCGACUACGUCCGGCCGGGCGUCCCUCUGCCGCGAGCGGGUCUACACCUUCGACGGGUACUCCUACCCCAUCAAUGAGGAGCCGGACAAUGUCUCCUCGCUGCCGGUGGAGGAGUCCCUCUCGGCGGACUUGCGAUCGGCCCUCCAUUCGGCGGCCGCCACCGCGGCCACGUCCAUGGCCCCGGGGCCCUUCCAUCCGACCACCAUCCAGGGACGUCUCGGGCAGCGGCAGUGGGCCGCCGGGCAGCCCGGCACCGCGGCCCCUCGAUCCCCGAUCGCCGGGCAAACCUUCCUGCCGGUGCCGAUCUCGCCGGCUCUUUCGGCCACCGGCCGGACGGAUGCCGACCGGCAUUCCGACACAUCGGCCGGUCUGGCGCAUUCCGCCUCAAGAGGACUCCCCCGAUCGGCCAGCAUGCCUGGCGACAUGCCAUUCCUCCCUGGGUCGGCCUCUUCGCCCGGGCUCUAUGCCCCGGUGAGCCUUGAGCAUGACCUGUGGCCGCCGGCCGGCUCGACAGCCAAUCCAGGCGACCUGCCGGCCAUGAUGUCGCCGCUGGCGCAGUCCCCCCCGCCGCCACCCAUGCCGCCGAUGGUGCCAAUGCCCCCGACGAUGGUCGGCCAAAUGCCCCCCCUUCCCCUGGAGUCGGCCUGGUCCACCGAAAAGGAGCACCUUUUGGGCGUCGACAACGCCAUGGCCGGGCUCCUGGCCCGGCCGCCUCUGACCAUCAACACCCCCUGGCGGCAGGCCCUCCUGGCGGCCUACCUGCCGGGAACCAUUCCUCGAAUGUCCCGCCUGCGCGCCUUCCGCAUUCGCAUGCGCCGGAACUACAUGCCGCUGCUGCUGUUUGUUUACCUGGCCUGGGUGGUCAGCCUGUCGACCAUCGCCCUGCCGGUGCCGGCCACCCCGUGCGUCGGCAGCGGGACCAGCAGCAGCGGGGUCCCCUGCGGCAGUGGCAUCCGCUUUCCCUGGUUCCGGGUGGUCAUCGUGUCGAUCGUCAUGCUGGUCAGCGCCCUGGUGGUGUACACCCCGCGGGUGUUCUACUGGUGGAUGGUGGCCCCGGUGGCGCGGCCGGAUUCGUGGCUCUCGCGCGCUUGGCUCCGCUUGCGUCUUUUCCUCCUUACCGAUGGCGGGGGCAACAGCGGCAUUCGCACCGAUGGUCGUGGGGUCUGGUGGACCGACCCGAUGCAUGCCUCGUGCGGGGACGAGGAAGGCGACCUGGACGUCUGAGUCCCAGACACAGCCAUCCCCCCGCCCCGGCCCCCCUCUCUUCCCUCCCUCUGCCUUUGUGCUUUCGCUGUCCUUUGUACUUGCUCUCCGUGCCCCUCUGCCCUUUGUCCAGGUGUGCAUUUCUACAUGCCGUCCAAUAUAUAUGUAUAGAUAGAUGGAUAGAUUAGGUGUGCACUUGCGAUGAUGGGCCAUUCACACACACACACACACACACA